UUGUAAUAUUUGAUUUAAACACGAAAUAUAUCACUGACGCUAAUUCCAAGGUUAGAAUACAAUGAUAUUCGUGAUAUUUGCAAUGUUUAUAUUUUAGUCAUAAAAAUGUCACGAUCGUGAAUUUUUUAAUACUUACAUAGUGGGAAUUAACAUUAUAAUUGAAAAUAACCAUGGAGGCUCUAUCUGAAUCUACCGAUCUAACCUAUCCACAAGCCGUGGAUCCUACGAUGCAAGUUGAUCAGCCGAUGGACACCGACAAAUUACCAAUCCAGCCCCCGAUACAGCCACCAGAAAUUAUUGGACCUCAGAGCGGUAAACAUGAAGAAUUUUCGGUCGAGAAAGUAUUAGAUCGGCGAAUAAAAAAUAGCAAAGUGGAAUACUUGCUAAAGUGGAAAGGUUAUUCGAAUUUUUUCAGUGAGGAUAACACAUGGGAACCAGAGGAUAAUCUAGAUUGCCCUGAUUUAAUAUCAGCGUAUGAAGAAGCUCGUCUAAAGAGAGAAAGGGAGGUAGCUGCACCUCCUGAGGUUGAGGAGGGACAUUCAACCCGCAAACGAGCAAAGAGGGGAGAUAAGAAAAAGAAAGUUGAGGAGGUAGAGAAACCAAGAGGUUUGGCGAGAGGACUACAACCAGAGAAAAUUCUAGCGGGGCAACUUUUCCAUGGCACACUAUACUUUUUAGUAAAAUGGCAAGACUGUCAAGAAAUGGAUGUAGUCCCAGGACACGAUUUAGGAGAGUCAUUCCCAGACUUUGUGAUAAACUACUAUGAACAGUGUGCCCCAUUCAGUGUAAGACAUCCUGUAGGAAGAGUGCCAAGAGCUGCCCCAGAACUUCCACCACUGGAAACUUCAGAGAUUAAUACUGAAACUCCAAUGGAAGUUACCCAGGAAGAUACUGUCAGCAUCACACAGACAGAACAAGCUCCAGUUGAAAUGCCAGCACCAGAACCACAACCACCGAUAUCAGAACCUGAAAGCCAAUCCAUAGAAGUGCCAGUCAACUGACUCGCGUUUUACAAUGCCAAUAGUAAAGACUACUGACGACAUUCAAUAACUGACUUAAAAUUAUAUUUAACUCAAAUACACGAUGUAUUUGAAUACAUACCUUAAAUUAUUAUUAAAGGUUACAUUCGUUCAGGAUUCAUUCAGGUACUCAUUCAUGAGCAUCGAAGGAUUUAUGGUACUAAUUAAAACAAGUUGCUAAUAAUGUGUCAUGGACAUUAUUCGAUUCAGAUGAUAUGGAUGUAGACAGACACUAACGCCAUCUAUGUGUUAACGGAGUAAUAUUGAGACUUACAUUUUCUAUUUCCUUAUACCAAACCACACCCACCAAAUAAACUUUCAUGUUUUGAAUUGGAUUCAUAAAUCAUUAAUAUUAAUCAUUGGGAAAUUUACUACUCUUUUCUAAGUUAUCUCUUAUUAAGGACUGGGAUUCUAUUACUAAAAUGUACUGUAAAGCUAUUAUACACAUAUAAUGCAUGCGUUUUUUCAUUAAGGCCAGUGACCUGACGAUCAAGCCCUAAAACGCGAGUAAAGCCGCGGGCGACAACUAGUACGAAGGCAGGGCCAUCCAGAUGGACUCAACCCAAACAUAAAUUCUCCUGAUAAACUUUAAUAAUUUUUAUUGCUGUGUUCCAGUUUCAAACAAAGAGUAAGUAAAAAAAAGAGGAGUAAAACAUAAAAUCUUAAUACCCAAUUUUAAAUACAUAAUGGAAACAU